CAGAGGCACCCUGCUGCUGCUGCUGCUACUGUGGUCCUAGAGCAGGUGACAAGGAGGCUGCAUGUGGAGGACACUGGCACCUCCCCAAAACUUCUCUGCUGCCAGCCCUCAAUGUUUGGGGUCCAGGACACUUUAGGAAGAAAAGGAUCUGCCCUGAGAGACAAAGCCCUUGAAGCUGGGAUGGAUCCUGUCAGGUCCUGGGUGAGGAAUGUUGGUGUUGUGGAUGCCAAGGUGGCAGCUCAGAGUGGGGUCGCCGUGUCCCGGGCACAUUUUGAGAAGCAACCUCCUUCCAACUUACGGAAAUCCAACUUCUUCCACUUCGUGCUGGCGCUGUAUGACCGGCAGGGGCAGCCCAUAGAGAUCGAGCGCACCACCUUCGUGGACUUCGUGGAGAAUGAUAAGGAACUGAGCACUGAGAAAACCAAUAAUGGCACCCAUUACCGGCUGCAACUCCUCUAUAGUAACGGUGUCCGAACGGAACAAGACCUAUUUGUGAGGCUAAUUGAUUCAGUGACAAAACAGCCUAUAGCAUACGAAGGACAAAAUAAGAAUCCAGAGAUGUGCCGGGUUCUACUCACUCAUGAGGUCAUGUGCAGUCGCUGUUGUGAGAAGAAAAGCUGCGGUAACCGGAAUGAGACCCCAUCUGACCCCGUCAUCAUUGACAGGUUCUUCCUCAAGUUCUUUUUGAAAUGCAACCAGAACUGCCUAAAGACAGCAGGAAACCCACGGGACAUGAGACGGUUCCAGGUUGUCCUCUCCACCACCGUGAACGUAGAUGGACAUGUCCUGGCCGUGUCAGAUAAUAUGUUCGUCCAUAACAACUCAAAGCAUGGGAGGCGGGCAAAACGGCUAGACCCUACCGAAGGUACGGACCCUUGUCUGGAGUACGCCACACCAUGCAUCAAAGCCAUUAGUCCUAGUGAGGGUUGGACUACCGGAGGUGCUAUGGUCAUCAUCAUUGGAGAUAACUUCUUUGACGGUCUUCAAGUAGUGUUUGGGACUAUGCUGGUUUGGAGUGAGCUCAUCACUCCACAUGCCAUCCGGGUCCAGACACCUCCACGGCACAUCCCAGGUGUGGUAGAGGUGACAUUAUCGUACAAAUCCAAACAAUUCUGCAAAGGAGCCCCGGGGAGGUUUAUUUACACAGCAUUAAACGAGCCUACGAUUGAUUACGGAUUCCAGAGGUUACAAAAGGUGGUCCCCAGACAUCCUGGAGACCCAGAGAGGCUGGCCAAGGAAAUGCUACUUAAAAGAGCAGCAGAUUUGGUGGAGGCUUUGUAUGGAAACCCACAUAAUAAUCAGGAUAUCAUUCUCAAAAGAGCGGCGGACAUUGCUGAGGCUUUAUAUAGUGUCCCACGCAACCACAAUCAAAUUCCUGCCCUUUCCAGCUCUCCUGUGCACAGUGGCAUGAUGGGAAUUAAUUCUUACGGGGGACAGCUAGGAAUCUCAAUUUCAGAAACACAGGCCAAUAAUCAGGGUUACAUACGGAAUACAAGCAGUAUCUCCCCACGUGGCUACUCAACCAGUUCCACCCCACAACAAUCUAACUACAGCACCCCCAACAACAGCAUGAAUGGAUACAGCAAUGUCCCAAUGUCUAACCUGGGAGUCCCCGGGUCUCCAAGCUUCAUCAAUGGCUCACCUACUACGUCACCCUAUGGCAUCAUGCCGUCCAGCCCACCCGUGGGGUCUUCUGGAAGCUCGUCUAUCCUGCCUUUCUCCUCCUCCGUCUUCCCUUCCAUGAAACAGAAGAGUGCCUUCGCCCCAGUUAUCCGACCGCAGGGUUCUCCAUCUCCAGCCUGUUCUAGUGGAAACGGUAAUGGUUUCAGAGCUAUGACCGGCCUAGUCGUCCCACCUAUGUGAGGAAACAUUGGACUGUUUGUAUAUUUCUGAGAAGCAGAGGAACAGCAUGAAGACAUUGCGUGUUGUGGUCCACAUCCAAGGUGGGAUAAAAAAACAAAAAACGAGGAGGCCUCUUGGUCCCAUCUAUGGAGAUCCACUAUCCAUCCUAGCCCGGAGAAGUGACCUGUAAGGAUACAACGCAUCUUAUGUCUACAUGGUGGAAUAACUAAACUGAGUCCUGAACAGAGCUGGAAAUUCAGACAACUACAAGGAAUAUUUUGGAUACUCUUCGAUUUUUUUUUCUUCUUUGUAGGAAAAAAAAGGACUAUUUCUAUUUUCAACUAACUUUUUCUGAUACCAAUUUUAUGUUUGAGUCUCGAGAAGAAAAAAAAAUACAAAGCAUUUUACAAAAGGAACCGAACAGGGUAUCGGCAGGGAGGACUGUGCAGCCAUUAUCUGCGUGGAUAAUCUGCUUUCCUAUGCUGUAUGUUUCUGCUUACAUGCUUAUGUUUUUUUUAUAUAUGUUUUACAUUAUUUAAUUGAAUAAACUUGUAACUUAUUGUAUUUAGAGGUAGAAAAAAAAAAUCCACAUGAUAAUAAAUAUUGACAUGGGUGAUGGGAGCUGUGGUCUCACAGCGGACACGGGGCAUCGUGGAGUUGCAUGCAUCUAAACCCAAGGUUGGACUCAUAUUUCUAGACUUCUUCCUUAUCAACACCCUUUCUUAGAUCUUACAACUGGGCCCACCUGCCCUAGUGUCCUUCUACUAAGUAGCAGUCACGUGGUCCCAUGAAGGUAAAUUGAUGUGUUUAUGGAGGUGGCUUAUUUUAUUCUUCUGCAAGACCAAAAUUUGCAGGAAUAAUUGACUCAACUGAACUAUAUCACAAGUCCAGUGGAACCACAAGUCUAGUUGUUGAGUUGACUGGGUAACCUCUGGGACCACAAUGCAGUCCCAUAGUGUCCAUUUUGGAUAUUUUAAAAUGCGCCCCCUGUCAUUCCUUCACUGAUUUAGGUUACAUCUAUUCAAUAGUUACCAUACAAUUAUAUCAAGGGCCACUUUCCAUGGUAAAGUUUUUGGAUGGAGAAGGUUGACGGUCUUCAGAAUGUAAAGAAAACAUUUAUGGCAUUAAAAAACUAGAUGCAAAUUCCAUAGACAGACCUUCCACUAAAGCACUGAGAUCCACAGUCUCAACACAACAAAAUCUGCGCACGCCCAGAAGAUAAAAAAAAAAGCACUUUGCAAUUCCAAGUCCAUCAAGCAAUAUGUAAUGGCCACAAAUGUUAUGUACUAUUGUGUUACCACAUUGAGACGUCAGUAAUAAUUUAAGACAUCCUUACUUACUUUCCUUGUUAUGUUUAUGUGUGCCAAUGAGAAUAUUUCUUUUUGGACUUUUUGGACCUCCCAUGCCUACUGAUAGCUACUUAUCUCACUGUAGAGAAGAGGAAGAUACCUGUGAUAUAACAUGGACCAAUCUCUCAGAGUUCUGAUUUCUCUAGGUUUUUACAGUGCUGCUUUCAUGAUAUCUGCUUUGUUAGAAAGAAAAGACAAAUAAUAAUAAUAAUGAUACUGUUGUUUUUUUUUUUGUUUUAUUCGAGAUGUCCAUCCAG